GCAACUUUUGCACCACUCAGCACCAGAGAAAGCGGAUCGUCAUGAUGCCUGCCCGUCGAGUAGCCCGCUUGGCAGUUGCCCGCGCCGCAGUGGUGUCGAAGAAUUCUCCUGUAUUGAACAAGCCCUCGCGCUUGUCAGGAUUCCCUCGCCGUAACUUCAGUGAAUCGGCGAAGCAGAACCCAGCAUCGCAUGGAGAAGCUGCUCAAACGGAUGCGAUUGUGUUGACGCCGUACCAAAAGGUUGCUGCAGGCACUCAAGUUGGCAUGUGGACUGCUGCACUUGGUCUGGCCAGCGUGUGCGGCUACUUCAUCGUUCGCGAGUUGUUCCCUGGGCGCAUGAGCCCCAACUCGCUUUUUAGCGAAGCCAGUGACGUGUGUCUCCAGAACGAUUUGGUGGUCCAACGCUUGGGUCAACCCAUUCGAUGCUAUGGCAAGGACUACGGCAGCCACAAAGAAGGUCGCCGCAACUUCAUCGAGCAUGUGGAGCUGAAGGAUAAGGACGGCAACAAGACUCGAUUGCGCAUCAAAUUCAACAUGAAGGGACCCAACGGCAAGGCCGAAGUGUGGGCAGAAGUGAACAAGGACAUGCCUGCUGGCGAGUUCGUCUACCUCAUCGUGCGAACGUUCACUGGGGAGUUGAUCAAGAUCCAAGACCAGCGACAGAUCUUGCAAGCGGAGUCUGAGGAAGAACGAGAAGCGAUGCGCCGCUUGCUUGGGCAAUAAGGAUUGCAGUGACAACAAAACCGGGGUGUUACCAUUGUCCUGCCUUAAAAUUUGACUUGUGUUCGAAGGUCGCUGCAAUUUGCGCAUAAGACGACUUGAUCGAGUCAGCCCUCGUUCUAUCCGAGAGGACAUCGACGUGUCAUCGCAACAGGCUUAGGUGCCGCCAAAAUCGCCACUCUCGUGAGUUGGUCUUCAGUUGGCGAUGGAUUCACCAGUGCAAUCGCUCGUCCAGUGGACUCAGCAUGCGAUGAUGAGGCACAUGGGAACCGGCCACUAUGUUGUGGGCCGCCGUGCCGUCGGGAUAGAACCCACGUGGCAUGGGUUCUUGCUGUCGCAACAGUCGGAUCAAGCUUCGAAUAGGUGGCAAUCUCUGUAGGAAUGGCAUGCGACGAGUGGCUGCGAGAGCUUCGUCGCUGUUGUUUGCGUACGGGAGAAGGAGGGUUGGAGGUGCCAAUGCUGCCUGAUCCCCACCUGUCGCAUGGCCAAGUUUGAGGCGUCGUAGCUUGCUGUCGCGCUUGCGCUGGUUUGCAUUUUGCUUUUCCCGGUGGUACGCGCACAGUGAGUGCAACUUGCCAUUCUGUUUGACAGUGCGGCGGUUGCAGCACUUGCCCAACGGGGCGUACAUGCACUGGUCCGCGGGAUGUGACGGUUUGAUCGCGGUGCUACGCUUAGACGGCGGCGACACCGCGAUCAAGUCUGUCUCUCGUCGCAUGAUGCA